CCGGGCCCCAAAUUUAGACUGCCCCCGCAAGCGACCUUUCCCGUCUACUAAAAUUCCGCCAUUGUAAAUUUGUAAUACGAGAUAAUCACAUUUGAGCUUCAUCCCCCGUUCCCGUAGAUAGCCGGGAAAUCCCAACCCCAUUCGUCUUUCAUUAUAUUGUGGGCCGCCAAUGUCGGGGACCGAAUCGAAAGCUCCGAAGCUGAAUCCGAGUGCGAACUCUGGCUCAAAGAUCUGGUUACUUUCUGUACUGCUUACCAUCCAAUACGGCCUUCAGCCGCUCAUCUCCAAACGAUUUGUCAGCCGACAAGUGAUUGUAACUUCAUCUGUUUUAGCAUGUGAGAUCGUCAAGAUAACAUGUGCUUUUAUAAUAAUAUCAAAAGAAGGUAAUCUGAAGAAACUGUACAGAAAUUGGACUUUGGUCAGAUCGUUGACUGCCUCAGGGUUGCCUGCUGCUAUAUAUGCGCUCCAAAAUAGCUUGUUGCAGAUUUCAUACAGAAACCUUGAUUCACUCACUUUUUCAAUUUUGAACCAAACAAAGCUUUUUUUCACAGCUUUGUUUACCUAUUUCAUAUUGAGGCAGAAGCAAUCUAUUCAACAAAUUGGGGCUCUUUUCUUGUUGAUUGUUGCAGCUGUACUUCUAAGUAUUGGUGAAGGAUCAAGUAAAGCAUCUGUCAGUAAUAAUGAUAAUAAUUCUGAUGACAUCUUAUUUUAUGGGAUCGUUCCUGUCUUGGUUGCAUCUGUACUCUCUGGGCUGGCUUCUGCAUUGUGUCAAUGGGCCUGUCAGGUAAAGAAACAUAGUUCUUACAUGAUGACCAUAGAGAUGUCGAUAAUUGGGAGUUUGUGCUUAAUAGCUAGUGCUUUUAAGUCUCCAGACGGAGAAGCCAUGAGACGACAUGGCUUUUUUUAUGGAUGGACUCCAUUGACAAUGAUCCCCGUCACGAUUAAUGCUGUUGGUGGAAUUCUUGUUGGCCUUGUGACCUCCUAUGCUGGUGGUGUUCGAAAGGGGUUCGUCAUUGUUUCUGCCCUUCUUGUUACCGCUCUACUGCAGUUCAUCUUUGAUGGUAAACCUCCUUCAGUGCACUGUCUCGUGGCGCUACCACUGGUCAUGACUAGCAUCUCUAUUUACCAAAAAUACCCAUACCACAUUAAGAAGAAGGCAUCAUGAAGCUAGAAAUAUUGUGGCUGGGAGUUCUUUGCUUAUUACGUUGACAUCAUCAUACUACAAUACUUCUCAACAAUUUACCAACAGAUAUAUAAGAAAAGGCUGCUGAGUUACUAAUUAUUAUGGUUAAUGUCCAUAAAACUGACUGCCUCGGGCCAAGAUGCACAUCUUAAAUGAUUCACAUCUUGCCUAUUUAUAGUUUCACAUCCAUCAUGCAGCUUUGCAUUUUGUAGGAUAAGAAUUGAUUUGAUUAACUGGUUGGAGCUUUUAAUUUCAUGUAUUCCUCAUUUCCUCGAUGUCAUUUAUAAAUCAUAAUAAUGAAGAUAACAGUGCAAGUGGUCGUUAACACUCGCAUAAAGAAAAUUCUUUAACUUUUAAACA